GUCCAACAGCUGUUAUUAUCGUGAACCGGCGGCGUGAAAACUUUAUAUAAAAACAAAAUAACAAUGCUGCUGCGUGUAAAUGCUCAAAUGUGGAAACAAAUAUGUGCGCUGCAGCGCUCAUCUGCCGGCAAAUGUCCGAGCAUAGCCACGCAGUUCCGCAGGAAGAUUACACAACAAGCACAACAGCCACCAAAAGUUGAAUGGACAACGAGCAUUCCCAAAAAGGACAAGGAUAAAAUCACAGCAUUAGGCUGGUUCCUACUUCUCAUACCAGCCACCACCUUUGGUUUGGGCUGCUGGCAGGUGAAACGCAAAAUCUGGAAAGAGCAGCUAAUCAAAGAUUUACAUAAGCAACUUCAUACGGCGCCGGUGGAAGUGCCCGAAGACUUGAGUCAGCUGGAUGAGAUGGAGUAUCGCUUGGUUACGCUGCGUGGCCACUUUCUGCACGAUAAGGAAAUGCAAAUGGGACCAAGAUCGCUCAUACGACCCGAUGGCGUUGAGACACAAGGCGGACUAUUCUCUCAGCGUGACUCGGGCAAUGGUUAUCUUAUUGUGACCCCGUUUAAAUUGGCCGACAGAGAUGACAUCGUGUUGGUGAAUCGUGGUUGGGUGACGCGCAAGCACAUUGAUCCCGCAACGCGUGAAGUGGGUCAGGUGAAGCAAGAGGUGCAAUUGACUGCCGUGGUGCGCAAGGGCGAGAGUCGUCCACAGUUUACGCCCGAUCACAAGGGAGGUCAGGUCUUUUUGUAUCGUGAUUUGCCCAAGAUGUGCGCUUCUACAAAUGCAGCUCCCGUCUUCCUGGAUGCCGUGUAUGAUGCAAAGAGUCCACAAAAUAGUCCCAUUGGUGGGCAGACACGGGUGACGCUGCGGAACGAUCAUUUGUCGUACCUGGUGACCUGGUUUAGCUUGUCGGCAGCGACAUCCUAUCUCUGGUAUCGCCAGAUCGUUAGAAGAAUACCAUUUUAAAAUGCCAGCAUUAUGAUUAUUUACUGUUGUUUAUUAUUUAUAUAAAAAAAUGUACAUGCUCGUGUGUAAA